AGGCUUAGUGGGAGGGCAAGUGAGGCGAGGCAUGACAGGGUUUUAUUAAAAAAAGAAAAUGCUGAAUACGAUGACCCCUGUCUUCUUCUAUCACGUACUUGAUUUUUGCCGGCCUUGUCUUUACUCACUUUUCUUACUACAUGAUCAUUCAUUGCUGCUUUUGUUGUCCAAAGCUUUUUUCUUUCUGUUCUGAAGGUCUUUUCCGACGAUUCAAUGUCUCCAGGUCCCGAUUCUAUAAAGCCACGAGAUGUUUGUGUUGUUGGUGUUGCGCGGACGCCAAUGGGUGCUUUCCUAGGCACCCUGUCAUCUCUUUCAGCGACGGAGCUUGGUUCUAUUGCCAUUAAGUGUAAAACUAUUGCACUUUACUCUGUUUUUAAUACAUCAUCAUCAUUGAGGCGACACGUGUGUUCAGUACGUGUGCAAAUGUAUCAUAAUUAGGCGGGGGAUUAUUCUUUCGACUUGGAGAUUUGUUGGACAUAGAUCCGACAUGACUAGGACACAUUUAACACCAUAAAAGAAAGCAGCCUAAAUAGAAGUAAACUUAGGAACUAGAAACUCCAUGUCUUCAGGAAAGAAUAAAAGCUCUUCCUAAUGUUUUGUGCUUUACAUGUAUAAUAUCUAUGCUGUAUUUUAAAGUACAAGAUGAUGCUGUCGGUAUUUUGAAGUUGGUGGGUUAAUGUGUUCAUGUUAGUGUCCAUGCUUAAAACUGCAGCUGCUCUCAAGAGAGCAAACAUUGAUCCAUCACUUGUGCAAGAGGUGUUCUUUGGGAAUGUUCUAGCUGCAAAUUUAGGGCAAGCUCCUGCCAGGCAGGCUGCGUUAGGUGCGGGCAUACCUACCUCUGUAAUCUGCACUACUAUUAACAAAGUUUGUUCAGCAGGGAUAAAAGCUAAUAUGCUGGCAGCACUGACAAUACAAUCGGGUAUUCAUGAUAUUGUUGUGGUUGGUGGCAUGGAAAGCAUGUCUAAUGCACCCAAGUAUAUAGCAGAAGCAAGGAAGGAAUCUAGGUUGGGACAUGAUACUAUCGUUGAUGGUAUGAUUAAGGAUGGCCUUUGGGAUGUUUAUAAUGACUUUGGCAUGGGUGUUUGUGCUGAGCUAUGUGCUGAUCUUCAUGACAUAGCAAGAGAGGAGCAGGAUUCUUAUGCUAUAGAAAGCUAUAAGAGAGGAAUUUCUGCUCAAAAUUCUGGUCAUUUUACGUGGGAGAUAGUUCCGGUUGAAGUUUCUAUUGGAAGAGGGAAGUCAUCCACCCUUGUUGAUAAAGAUGAAUGUUUGGAAAAGUUUGAUGCUGCAAAGUUAAGGAAGCUUAGGCCAAGCUUCAAGGAGGACGGGGGUUCUGUAACUGCUGGCAAUGCUUCUAGCAUAAGCGACGGAGCUGCUGCAUUAGUGCUAGUGAGUGGAGAGAAGGUGCUUCAGCUUGGAUUGCAAGUAAUAGCUAAGAUAAAGGGAUAUGCAGAUGCAGCUCAGGCACCUGAGUUAUUCACAACUGCUCCAGCUCUUGCAAUACCAAAAGCUAUAUCAAAUGCUGGUUUGGAGGCUUCUCAAAUUGAUUUUUAUGAAAUAAAUGAAGCCUUCUCUGUUGUAGUUCUUGCAAAUCAAAAGCUUCUCGGUCUUAAUCCUGAUAAAGUUAAUGUGCACGGUGGAGCUGUAUCAUUGGGACACCCAUUGGGUUGCAGUGGAGCUCGUAUCUUAGUAACAUUGUUAGGGGUCUUGAGACAAAAGAAGGGGAAGUAUGGGGUUGCAGCUAUCUGCAAUGGAGGAGGAGGGGCGUCUGCUCUUGUCUUUGAGCUCAUGCCAGUUUCCAGGGUUGGACUUUCUUCAUUAUGAGGAUGGCUGGAGAGCAAGAUGUGUAGUGAUUCUCACUGUAACCCAAAAAAAAAAAAAAAGUGUAGUGAUUCUGCUAAAGAAAGAAAUGUCUUUCUACUUUACAUCUUCGUGAAACACAAAAAGUGGGCUUCACUGAUAGCAUAUUCUAUAGAAUACUGAGGGUAAAUGAUAGAUUCCUUCUAAUCAAGUUGACAUGUACAUGAGAGCUGAAAUUCAAAUCUCUAGUUACUUGUUUAAGUAUAAGAGUGUCUAUAAUUUACAUCAACUUGAGUUGGUAAAUAAUUGAAAAGUCAUAUUGUAUUGUA